AUGUCCACCCCAGCCCGAUCCACACUCCCACCCCACCACCACCUCCCACCCCACCAACCGUCCCACACCACCCACCCCCCGUCUGUCUCAAAAAAAAACCACGCAGCCCGAUCCAGAUCCCCAACCUCCUCUCCCAACCCACUCGCCGACGGCCUCCCUUCCACCUCCUCUCCUUCGUCCGUCCGCCCCCAUGCCCCCCGCCGCGUGCGCCACGCGGCGGCCGCGCGCCCGCCGCUCCCCGUCUCGCGCCGCUGCCCGCCCCCGCCCCCCUCCGCCGCGCACGUGCCCGCCCGCGUUCAGCUGCGGCGAGAUCCCAACAGGGCGAACGGGGGCGGCCAGCCGCACUCGCGUUCGUCCACGUACCAGAGCUCCACGGUGACUUAUGGUGGAAUUAAUGGAGCCUACUACACGGCUUCCAAGACCCGGAGGAGCGGCAGCGAUGGGAUUACUAUCGAAGAAAGCAAGGAAGCAGACACUACCACUAAAGAGGGCACUCAUAGGAUCUCCAGGGGAAUUCAUGAUAAGGGACACUCAGUAACAAGGAAGCUGAAAUCAGAUGGGAAGGUCGACAGUACACAGAUACUGCACAAUCUCAAUGAAGAUGAGUUACCUGGAUUUGAAGAAUCAUGGAAGGGCAAUGCUGGACCGCACUUACCAGGCUGGAACCAAAAUGCUGGUAUAUCUAAUGGUGACAACUCUGGUAACCGUGGUGCCAACGGUGCCAGGCAGCCUGCACAGAACUGGGAGCUCCCUGGAAUGCAGCAACAGCGCGAUCCAAGAAUGCAGCAACAACGCGAUCCAAGGAGGCGCGACAACGGGCAGCCAAAGCGAAAGUCAUCGCGGACCAUCCCAAUCUCCUGA